AUUGCUUCUUACGCUUAUUUUUAAACGCACAGCGCGAUUCUGCUGUAAUAUUUUCACAUUUCUUUAGUAAAAAAUGACUUAACCUAGAAUGAAGUGCUGCAGAUAAUUUAAUAUUCAUUUAUAGUUUUGAAUGUUUUGUCCUCCUAUGAUGUAAAAGCUCAGCGCUGUUUGCGGUUUUGGACCGUCAGCUCUCACUUCACCUCCAGCUCCCAGACGAACUGCAUUCCUCACAGUCUCCCUGUAGACCAUGUGCCUCUUGGCUCUCCUUGUGUGGGUUACAACAGCUUUAGCUGGAGUUCCACAUGCCAGCAGAGAAGAUGGGCCUUUGUUUCCACAAGCAACCAAUGGACAGCCAUUCCCAUGGAACAAGAUGAGGCUUCCACAGGCUGCCUCGCCCCUUCAUUACGACCUCCUCAUCCACCCCAAUCUCACUAGCUUAGACUUUGCUGGAAGUGUGAAGAUCCAAGUGGAGGCCCAUGAGGAAACCAACACCAUUGUACUCCACAGCAAAGAUCUUAACAUUACCAAGGCAGCACUGCUGGCUUCAGCUGAAGGUGAAGGUCAGAUUGUGAAAGUGCUGGAGUAUCCGGCCUACCAGCAAAUCGCUCUUGUCAGCGAUAGCACAGUGCUGAAGAAAGGUGGCAUUUACUUUAUCGAGCUGGAGUUUGUAGCCAAACUCUCUGACAGCUUCAACGGGUUUUACAGAAGCACAUACCGGACCAGGGAAGGGGAAGAGAGGAUUCUGGCCACCACCCAGUUUGAGCCGACCAGCGCUCGUGCUGCUUUCCCCUGUUUCGAUGAGCCAACCUUCAAAGCUAACUUCUCCAUCCGCAUCCGCCGAGAGAGCAGACACAUCUCCAUUUCCAACAUGCCAAAGCUGAGGACGCUGGCACUUCCUGACAGCCUAGUUGAGGACCAGUUUGACGUCACUGUGAAGAUGAGCACAUACCUGGUUGCCUUCAUCGUGUGUGACUUCCUUUCCAUCAGCAAGAACACCGAGCAUGGGGUCAAGAUCUCAGUGUACACCGUACCAGAGAAGAUAGACCAGGCGGAGUUGGCACUGGAUGCUGCAGUAAGGCUGCUGGACUUCUAUGAUGAUUAUUUUGAUGUUCCCUACCCUCUCCCUAAACUAGAUCUUGUUGCAAUCCCAGACUUCCAGUCUGGUGCUAUGGAGAACUGGGGACUGACCACUUACAGAGAGUCUGCCCUGCUGUUCGACCCCCACAAGUCCUCCGCCUCUGACAAGCUGGACAUUACCACAGUCAUAGCACAUGAGCUCGCCCACCAGUGGUUUGGAAACCUGGUGACGAUGGAGUGGUGGAAUGAUCUCUGGCUAAAUGAGGGAUUCGCCAACUUCAUGGAGUUUGUAUCUGUUAACUUCACCAACCCUGAGCUGCAAGUGGAGAACUAUUUCUUGGGAACGUGCUUUGUGGCGAUGGAGGUGGAUUCUUUAAGCUCCUCCCACCCUGUGUCCACCCCUGUGGAGAACCCGUCUCAGAUCCAGGAAAUGUUUGAUGGCGUUUCUUAUGAAAAGGGUGCUUGUAUUCUGCACAUGCUGAGGGAGUUUCUGACCCCAGACCACUUUAAAUCUGGCAUCGUUAGGUAUCUAAAACAAUACAGCUACCAAAACACGGUCAACACUCACCUGUGGGAAAGUCUGAUCACUAAGCAGCACUCUGAGGAAAAGCUGGAUGUCAAGGCGAUGAUGGAGACGUGGACACUGCAAGAAGGCUUCCCCCUGGUCACAGUGGAGGUCAAAGGUCACCAAGUGCGCCUACGUCAGGAGCGGUACCUGAAGUGUGAGGACCCCUCCCAAACCUCAGGGUUUCUUUGGCACAUCCCGCUGACCUACAUCACCAGUAACUCAGCAGCCAUCCAUCGCUUUCUGCUAAAGACUAAGACAGAUGUGCUGUACCUGCCUGAAGAAGUGGACUGGGUGAAGUUUAACGUGGGCAUGAGCGGAUAUUACAUCAUCCACUAUGAGGGGUCGGGCUGGGACGACCUCAUCACUCUGCUCAAACACAACCACACCGCCCUCAGCAGCAACGACCUGGCCAGCCUCGUCAAUAAUGUCUUCCAGUUGGUCAGUGUGGGGAAGCUGCCACUGGACAAAGCUCUGGACCUGUCGCUGUAUCUGUGCCAUGAAACUGAGAUCAUGCCUGUGAUGCAGGGCUUCAGUGAACUUGUCCCGCUCUACAAACUGAUAGAGAAAAGGGACAUGGAGGCGCUGGAGAACCAGAUGAAGGGCUACAUCAUGCACCUGUUCCAUGAGCUCAUAGAUGGGCAGGCAUGGACUGACGAUGGUUCAGUGUCUGAGAGGAUGCUGCGCAGCUACCUGCUCCUCUUCGCCUGCUUGAGGGGUCACCCGCACUGCGUCUCCACCGCCACCCAGCUCUUCAACAAGUGGAAGGAGUCUAACGGCAACAUGAGUCUCCCUAACGACGUCAGCCGUGCAGUGUUCACGGUUGGUGCUCGCACUGAGGAGGGCUGGGACUUCCUGUUCAAGAAGUACCGCGAGUCCCUUUCUACGUCACUAAAGAGCCGAAUCAAAUCUGCCCUGUCCUCCUCUCCGCUCACUCACAAACUCAAAUGGAUGAUGGAGCAGAGCUUGGAGGGCUCGGUGAUGAAGAUGCAGGAUCUUCCGUAUGUUGUGACGUCAGUCAGCAACAACCCUAAAGGCUAUAAACACGCAUGGGACUUCCUGAGGGCCAACUGGCGCUUGCUGGUAAAGAAGUUUGACCUCGGUUCUCACUCCAUUGCACACAUGGUAACAGGUGUGACCAGUCAGUACUCCACCAGAGAGAUGCUGGAAGAGAUUCGGGAAUUUUUCGGUUCCUUAACUACUGAGACAGGCAUUGAGCUGCGCUGCAUCCAGCAGGCUCUGGAGAACGUGGAGCAGAACAUUCGCUGGAUGGACAAGAACCUCCCUCUGCUCCAAGCCUGGCUGGACAAGAAACAUCCAGAACCAGCACAGCUAGAUGACCAGUGCCAACACUCUGAGCUAUGAAACCCUUGACUGUACAAGACCCGACCUGACCUGAGCCAAGAACUUGUACCGAAUGACUGAACCAAGAAGCUACAAACACUGUGCUCCAUUUGUUUGAGAAAUAGUACCUGCUGAAUGGUGAAGUUUGCUAAAUUAUGUGAUUGGUUUGAAGGACACACUGCUGUUUCAUUAUUUCUUUCACAAUAGCUGCAUAAUUGAAGAUGUAAACAAAAUCAACCAGAGUGGUUUGGUGUGAAAUUCUCUGUUCUACAGGAACUUACAGUAAAAAUUGUUUACAGUGGUGGUGAUGGGAACCAGACGUCCACCUCUAACAGCUCCCUCACACAAGGUUAUUAUAUUAAACGCUUAAUUGUGCAUUCACACAGUAGACUAGCGUAGGUGGGUCAUGACACUGUAUGACAGAUUGCUGGACAAAGGUAGGGGGCUUGUGCUACUCUUUGUAGCUAUGCUAACCUACUUUUGUCCAUUUUUAUAGAUAGCAGUGUGUAGAAGACUGUUAGAGGUUACUGAACAACAACACACAGUUUGAGGCCAGUUUAAAAUUAUUUAGACAUGCAGUUUGUACAUGAUGCUAAAGGGUUAAUUACAGAUAAGCCUCUGUUGCUUGUUAGCUACAUUAGCCUCAUAGCUCCAGUGAAAAAUAAGCAAAAUUCAGACACUUCAUUGUGAUAUAAGUGGAAAAUAAUGUAAAUGUUGUUAUUUCACCAGCUGUCCUUGGUUUUCUCACCUUGUCUGUGAAAUGAAGGCCUUUAAAAUCCACUUUCUGGAGGAGGGUGGGCUAGAAAAGUCUCUUGUGGUACACCAUAUGUACUGUUCCUCAUUUGAGGGCGAUUAUUGUUCAGGGUAAUGCUGUGUUGUAGAAAAGGUAGUUCUAGGUAUCUUUUAUUAUUUAAUUUUUUUGUUUAUUUUUUUGUCAUACUUCUCUAAGACGCGCCAACAUCAACUACUGCUUUUUGCUUGUUUGUGUGUUGAGGGUUUAAUUUUUCUUAAAGUUUUCAUGAUUUAUCUGUUUUAAAAGCACCUUCUGGAAUGUGAAUCUUUAUGCUGAGAUAUUAAAUAAAACAUUUGGAUGGGUUAA